AUGUCAGCCCCCAACCAAUCCCACACCAAUUCCCCAUCUUACCUCCUGAUGGGCAUCCCUGACCUGGAAGUUUUCCACAUGUGGAUUUCCAUCCCGUUCUGCAUCAUCUACAUCACAGCUGUGCUGGGAAAUGUCCUGGUGCUCCUGGCUGUGGUCCUGGACAGGAGCCUGCACCAGCCCAUGCUCUCUUUCAUUGCCAUGCUGGCCACCAUCCACCUCAUCCUCUCCACUGCCAUCCUACCCAAGAUGCUGGGCGUGUUCUGGUUGGAUUCCAGGGAGAUUGGCUUUGAGUCCUGCUUCAUCCAGAUGUUCUUCACCCACACAUUCACCACAGCGGAGUCAGGGCUGCUCCUGGCCAUGUCCUUGGAUGGGUACGUGGCCAUCUGCCUGCUGAGGUGCAGCACCACCCUGAGCACCAGGGCCAUCCGGGCAGGAUUGCUGUCCCUGGCCAGGGCAGUUGGCAUCGUGGUCCCCCUGAUGUACCUUCUCACCAGCCUCCCCUGCUGCAGCAGCAAGGUGAUCCCUCACUCCCACUGCGAGCACACGGCCAUGGUGGGGCUGGCCUGUGCCAAAGUGGCCACCAGCCACUGCUACAGCCUGACCACGGCCACCCUGCUGGUGGGGACAGAUUCUGCCUUCAUCACCUUCUCCUACUGCAGCAUCCUCACUGUGCUCAGGCUGCCCUCACACAGAGCUCUGCUCAAGGCCCUCAGGAUCUGUGGCUCCCACAUUUUUGUCAUCCUCAUCUUUUACAUCGGUGGGCUCCUGUCCAUGGACCUGCAGAUGUUCACUCCCAGCCUGGCCCCUCAUGUCCAGCUGCUGGUGGCUGAUUUCUACCUGACAGUGCCUCCCAUGCUCAAGCCCCUCGUUUAUGGCAUAAAGGUGAAGCAGAUCCAGGAAGGAAUCUGCAAAUUGCUGGGGCAGCUGGCAGGAGCCAGGAGAUCACAAGCUGCUCAAGAGGCUCAGAUUCAGAGAGACAGAAUAAGAUUUCUCCCAUCUCAGAAUAAAUGUGGAACUGAGUGCAAUUAA